UUUUUUUUGGCCCUUUCUCUUCUUCUCUCGAACCUUUUUCUUUUCUAUUUUUAUUCUAUUUGUUUCCAUCUUCCCCUUUAUCUAUUUUGAUUCUUUCUUUUUUUGAAAAAAAAAACUUCAAACGUUUUGAUAUUGAAUUUAACCUACCAACUUCUUUACUAAUACUGUGACCAUGGGACGAAAAAAGAUCAAGAUCCAAACUAUUGAAGAUGAUCGGAAUAGACAAGUUACGUUUUUGAAACGAAAACACGGUUUGAUGAAGAAGGCCUAUGAACUUAGUGUACUUUGUGAUUGUGAAGUUGCUUUGAUUAUCUUUAACAAUAAUGGGAAACUUGUACAAUAUGCUAGUACGGAAAUUGACAAGAUAUUAAUGAAAUACACUGAAUAUAACGAACCUCAUGAAAGCAAAUCCAAUCAUGAUUUUGUCAAUUCUUCUGAACUCGAUGAUAACAAAUUAGAAGAAGAAGAAAUUGGAAUGGAAGAUCAUACUGAAUUACCUAGAAAUCAAGCUUCGUCAUCCUCUAAGCAACAACCUUCUCAACAAUCGCAACAACAACAACCACAACAACAACAACAACAACAAGCUAUCCCACAUACUACAGCACCAGCAACUAUCACUCCUUCUCCUCCACCACAUAUGUUGAAUCCUCAAUUCAAUCAGACCUCAGGCGUUCCUCAUCAAGCACCUGUUUAUUAUCAACCCCAACCUAGUCAAAUGCGUUAUGCUAUUUCUCAACCUCUUCAACAUCCACCUCAUGUACAACAUCAUCAUCACCAUCAACAACACUCUGGUAUGCAUUCUUCUGGAUACGAUGUCUAUUCAAUGCCACCAUCCCAUCAUCAACAACAACAACAACAACAUCACCCUCAUCACCAACAAUCUCAACAACAACAUCUUCCUCAUUCUCAUCAUCAUCAUCCUCAACAGCAACCUUCUGGACCAUCUCCACAAAUGUAUAUGAUGCAUGUAAGUUUAAAUUAGAAACAAAUGAGCAAUUCCGGAACAAAAGGAAUCUUUUUUUUUAUUAAUGGUAU